AUGAAACUCACCGUCUUCCUCUCCCUUCUCGCGACCCCACUCAUGGUGCUCUCCCUUGCCCUAAGCAUCGAUACAAAUACUACAACCCCCAUCACAGUGACAAAGGUCAGCCCUUCCUACUGGCGCGCCACUUUCUCCUUCCCACCCUUCAACAUCCAGACCAACGCCUGGUACGCCGCCCUCUACGAUCUCAUAUCCGACCUCGCUGCCGAUCCCGCCGUCAAGGUCAUCGUGUUCGACUCCAGCGUACCAGACUUCUACAUCGCACACUUCGACUUGCUCAAACCUGUCGAUUCCGAACUUGUGGAUGGCCUGUGGUCGAAUGUCACCCAUCUGGCCAACCUUCCUGUACUGAGCAUUGCUGCAGUGAGAGGCAUCGCACAUGGUGGCGGCGCUGAGUUUGCUGCUGCAAUGGAUGUACGUUUUGCCAGCAGGGAGAAAGCCGUCUUUGGACAGCUGGAAGUCGGCCUCGGAUCUCUUCCCGGCGGUGGUGGUAUCUCGCUGCUUCCGCGCCUCGUUGGAAGGAGCAGGGCGCUAGAGAUUGUGCUUGGGGCGCAGGACUUGGACGCUGAUACUGCAGCUGCGUAUGGCUGGAUUAAUCGCGCGGUUCCUGAUGCGCAGUUGGAAGACUUCGUUGAUACGUUUGCGAGAAGAGUGGCAAGUUUUGACAAGAAUGCUAUUGUGGAGGCGAAGAGGAUUAUCAAUGAGAGGGCAGGGUUUCCAACAGUGGAAGAACAGGCGGAGGAUUGGAAGGCUGCAUUAUCGCUGCUGAGUACGUCUGGUGUGCAGACACGGGUGGCGAAGAUGGUAGAGUUGGGGUUACAGACAGACGUUGACUUCGAGGUUCAUGCUGCGGAUAGGCUGAUGGAGGUCCAGGGAGAGGGGCCCUGGAAAGUUUGA